AUGGGGGAUAUUAUGAGGAGUGUGUUUGGGGUGUUGGUGGUUGUUGUGAUCGUAAGUCCUUGUUUGGCUAAUGUGAGAAACGAUUUUCAUGAGACAAGGGAAGGCGUUGUUAACUCUACCACUCGAUUUUCUCAGGGAAACCGUGGUUUGGGUGGAGAUGUUGGUGGAAGUGAGAGAAACUCAUCGGAAAUGUUAUUGGGUGAAAGGAAGUUUAGUGGGGGAAAUGGUGGGAGUGGAGGAGGUGGUGGUGGAGGGAAUGGAAGUGGGAGUGGAAAAGGUGGACAUAAAGGACGAAAAAGAGGUGGAGGAAGUGGUGGAGGAGGUGGGGGUGGAGGAGGGUCAGGUGGUGGUGGUGGUGGAGGAAAUGGAGGAGGUCAUGGAUGGGGAGGAGGAAGUGGGAGUGGUGGAGGUGGAGGAGGAGGAGGAGGGGGUGGUGGAAGUGGGGGAGGUGGAGGAGGUGGUGGUGGUGGUGGCGUUGAAGCACAUGAUCUUUUUAUUCGAAUAGUUAUAAUGUUCAUACCCAUAUUGCCCACACUUCUUGCAUCUACUAAUAGGUGUAGAAACAAAGCCUCUUACACUAGCAGUACCAUUCAUGAAAAAGCCUCUAACAACAAACUUACUUCCAUUGCCUCUAGCACGAUUCCCUUGAAACUUGGCUGA